UGACCACGAAAAACCUUUCUCGCGAGGAUCUUCUCGGUCUGCUCACUUCUAUGGGUGCCACACUCCCAGAAAACACCAAAUUACCUGAAGAGGACCUGCGGAAACGCCUUGCACACGCCCUGGACGCGUCGCAACAACUUUCAGCGCUUGUCGAGGCGACACCCGUCGACCCCGACUUGCAUCCCAAAUGGUCGUCGGACAAGACCCUAUUCGAGGCAUCACAGCGUGGCAAUAUUUCUGAAGCGAUGGACGGAUCCAUGUACCAAGCAAAGAAAGGUGCACGUGCGCCGCCGGAGGAUGUCUUCAAAGAAAUGCGCCAAAGUAUCCUAGGGUUCGCAUAUAUGUACGACCAGGACCUACGCGAGGUCUGCUACACGGAUGAGAACGAGCGGUGGGGAAUUUUUGUUCGGGUCUUGGAAGUCCAUAAGAUCAAGAACGACGUUCCUUUGUUCUUGUUCAUCUACAAAGAGCUUGUGCCAACCGGGGCGCAGACUCUUGAGAGCCUCUUUAACAUGUUCCGCCUCGAGGGCGCUCGCGCUACGGUCCAGAUCAGCGACCUUGAGCGCCGAGCUCUGCUCACGCUCUUCCAGAGAAACGCGAAGAAGCUGCAUCCUAGGUACCAGGCCAUCAACGGGAAGGGAGAAGCGAAGAAACUCGGGCUCAAUGCAUCCUUUGUUCUCCCGCUGUGUCCGCUCGGGAUGCGCGAACUCGGGAAGAUCACCCGUAAUCCUGGCUGCGAUGUCUGUGGCAAGAAGAACACCAGUCGCUGCAAGCAGUGUCUCUCUGCGCACUACUGCGGUAAAGGGUGUCAGCAACAAGACUGGAAGACGCACAAGCUCACCUGUCGCUCCCUCAAAGGUGGCUCGUGGAAUACCAUCCACAACGGCAAGGCUUUCCUCGCCAAAUUCCAAAUCUCGCUUUCUGGCAUGCCUGGUGGUGCCCAUAUGAUGAUAUACGACAGGCAGCGCAGCUUCCAGCUCUUCUGGCUGCGGGCAAGCGAUGUCGUUCUUUUUGAGCGAGCGAAGGCGAUGAUGGGCGACAAGCUCAAAUUUUAUCGUUGGGUCAGACGCGUCGGCGACUAUGAAAUGGAGGUCUGUUUCGAUCGCGCUCCGGACCCCCUUUGGUAAU